CUGCGCCAACUUGGCUGAUUUAUAUAUUUCCUCCCUUUCUGCGUUCAGAAUAAUACUGUGUGUUCUCUGCUCUGAGAGACACUGUAACCAGACAGACUGACACAAUGGGCUGUGAGAGAAGGCUGUUCCUGACUGCUGCUCUGCUGGCUGUCUUUUUAUGCAGUGAUGCUAUCACCGGUGGACGAGAGGCGGAGGCCCACUCCCGUCCGUACAUGGCCUCACUGCAGGUCGCCGACGGCGACAGGAUGAAACAUGAGUGCGGAGGGUUUCUGGUGGCCGAUCAGUGGGUGAUGAGCGCCGCACACUGCUUUCUCUCUGGGUCAGAAGGGAGGAAGGUGGUCCUAGGAGCUCACUCUCUGAGCGAACCGGAGGAUUCUAAACAAACCUUUGACAUUGUUCAAGUGUUCAGUCACCCUGAUUUCAGCAUCUCUAACUAUGAUAAUGACAUUGCUUUGGUCAAGCUGGACCGGCCAAUCAUUGCCAGUGAUGCAGUAAAGUCCCUGAAGUUCCAGAAGGACGAUGGGGCUGACCCCACCACGGAACAGGAGGUCAACACGGCGGGGUGGGGGUCACUGAACAACCUGGGGUCACGUCCUGACAAGCUACAGGAACUGGUCAUCGCUGUGAUGAACCGUGUUCGAUGCGGCCGCAGUGACUACUAUGGCAGGAAGUUCACCAAAAAUAUGCUGUGUGCGGCCAGCAAACAGAGUGACACCUGUGAUGGUGAUUCUGGAGGUCCUCUCCUGUAUAAUGGUGUAGCAGUUGGGAUCACUUCAAAUGGAGGGAAGAAGUGUGGAUCCAGCAAGAAGCCUGGUUUAUACACAACCAUCUCCCACUACAGCCAGUGGAUAGACAAGACCAUGACUCAAUAGAAGCCUGGUUUAUACACAACCAUCUCCCACUACAGCCAGUGGAUAGACAAGACCAAUAGAAGCCUGGUUUAUACACCCCAUCUCCCACUACAGCCAGUGGAUAGACAAGACCACGACUCAAUAGAAGCCUGGUUUAUACACCCCAUCUCCCACUACAGCCAGUGGAUAGAUGGGACCAAUAGAAGAAUGUUGUGUCCCAAAUAUAUUCCAUAUGUAGUGCACUAAUUUUGACAAGGCCUCAUAGGACCAUGGCUUAUAACAUAGUAAAACAAUAUUAAUUAUAUUAUACCACUUUAUGAAACAAAUAAUCAUUCCUUAUGUAAAAAUCACCCAAAUAAACCAUACGCAUGAAUCAAUGAAGUCAUUGUAGUUUUGGGCAAAUGUUUCAAUCUUACAUGUUUUGGGCAAAUAUACUGUGAAAAGUUCAAACAUUUUGUGACAUGUGCAAGCAGAAUUAAAACCAUGCAUACAUUA